CAACCUUUCGCACAGAACCUAACCAGCGCCAUAUCCAACCACCCUUCGUAGGAGACAGUGAACCAUUGGAUAUGCUGCAGAGUGAGAGUGGGAGUGGGACUGUGGACUUCAGCCUGCCGGAUGAGAUUCUGGCGGUGAUUCCGACGGACGCGUACGAGCAGCUGGAUCUGGCACGCAAGAUCACUUCCAUGGCCAUUGCCUCGAGGGUGUCGAACUUGGAGGCGGAGAUGGGGAAGAUGCAUCAGAAGGUUUACGACAAGGAUCGGAUUAUUAACGAUUUGGAGGAGAAAGUCUCGAGGUUGCAGCAGGCGUACCAGGAGUCCGAGGCUAGAUACAAAAUUACUCUCGAUGAGAAUAUGAAGCUUUCAAAGGAAAGAGAUUCGUUAGUAAUGACUGCAAAGAAGCUCAGCCGUGAUUUGUCUAAGUUGGAGACUUUUAAGAGACAACUCAUGCAGUCCUUAAAUGAUGAAAAUACAUCUCCUGCUGAAACUGUUGAUAUUGGCACCUGUGAUCAGGCAGUCCCUAAAGAUGAUGGAAAGAGUGGCUACACCUUACAUUCUUCCAAUGGCUCCACAGACAUAGGAAGCACAACUGAUGAAGAGUCAAAACAUGCUGUACAAAGAUUUUCUUUGACUCCAUAUAUCACACCACGGCUCACUCCCACUGGAACUCCAAAAAUUAUUUCCACAACUGGGUCCCCCAAAGGUUAUUCUGCAGCUGGGUCUCCUCAGAAAACCUCUGGUGCAACAUCUCCCUCAAAGUUCCAUUAUGGAGUGCGGGCUUCACUCCCUUCAUGGUAUCCUUCAAGUCAGCAGUCAUCGGCAGCAAACUCUCCUCCUCGUGGACAUUCUCUGCCAGCACGGACUCCUCGAAUUGAUGGGAAGGAAUUUUUUCGUCAGGCCAGGAGUCGCCUAUCAUAUGAGCAGUUCAGUGCUUUUCUGGCUAACAUCAAGGAACUAAAUGCACAAAAGCAAACAAGAGAGGAGACUUUGAGGAAGGCAGAAGAGAUAUUUGGGAUAGACAACAAAGAUUUAUACCUAUCUUUUCAAGGACUGCUAAAUCGCAACACUCACUAGAUUGUUAAUUAUCUAUCCUCGAGAUGAUUUUGAGUUUUUGGUAUGCUUGCCUACACCUAGUCAGAACCUGUUGCAUGCUUGUAGAAAUGUGUGCAAAUGAUAGGAUGCUUGUUCUCUGUACAUGGUGGCCUAGCAAUCUUAAUUGCUAUAUUCUAGAAUCCUAUUCAUUCCUGAGAAUUUCAUUGAUGAUAAACUCUGCUAGUUUUGGGACAGAGGAUAAUACAUGCUAACACAAUUU